GCUCUCACUGAUUUGUCAUUCGCUCCACCAGUUACAAUUCCACCAUCAGAGAGUUUAAGGAGCUCCCUGCACACAUUCAAACUCCUCUUUGACUUACACCCUCACACACAUAUAUCACAGUUCUGCAAUUAUCAACCCUGAAAGCUUUGAGAUCCUGCAACACUGCUAAAGAUGGGAGUGGAAAAACCUGAGUAUUCAGAUGCUGAUUUCACCUAUGAUUAUGAGUUAAUCAGAAGAGGUGGGCUGAUCUUUGCAGCUGUUUUGUUCUGUUUGGGCAUGGCUAUCAUAUUCGGCAAAAAGCUCAACUGUGGAAACAAGGCGUCUUCUAAGCUUGAAGACAAUGGUGAUCUUUGACCUCUCCUUCAUUAACCUUCACUGUAAACGGACACCUCAGUAAAUUCACCAAGGAUGACCAUUUUUUCAACGUACAGUGAAGAUUUUUUUUCAGAUAGUUAAUUUUCAUUCACAAGAUCUAUGUAUACU